AAAUCUACUAUAUAUACAAGUCUCCAAAACCGAGUAAAACAGAUUGGUUGUGAGUCUUGUGACUUACAUUCUCCGUUCGUAAUAGGAAAGCGAAAAAAAAAAACAGAGAGACAAUCCUUCAAGGCCAUGGAGUGGGUUCGUGGUGAUACAGUCGGUCAUGGAAGCUUUGCAACUGUAAAUUUAGCAAUACCCAAAAGCCAAACUCCUCAAAUUCCUCCAUUAAUGGCUGUCAAAUCUUGUGGGUUAUCGCACUCUGCUUCGCUUAUGAGCGAAAAAUCGAUAUUGGAUGAGCUCAACAAUUGCCCUAAUGUUAUUCGGUGCUUCGGCGACAAUUAUAGUUUCGAAAAGGGUGAGAAAUUGUAUAAUGUUCUCUUGGAAUUCGCUUCAGGGGGUGCUUUAUCUGACAAGAUUAUAAAUUCACCCGAUCGCCGAUUGCCGGAAUCUGACGUCACGCGAUACACGAGGUGCAUACUUCAAGGGCUGAAUUAUAUCCACAAGAAUGGGUACGUUCACUGCGACAUUAAACUUCAAAACUGUCUCUUAUUUUCUUGUAAGGAUGGUAGAGAUGAUGUUGUAAAGAUUGCGGAUUUUGGCCUGGCCAAGAGAGGUGGAGUUAAGAGAGAGAAUAAGGGGUUUGAGUUUAAAGGUACGCCGUUGUAUAUGUCGCCGGAGAUGGUUGCGGGCAUCGAAUUGGAGGCCCCGGCAGAUAUAUGGGCGCUUGGGUGUUUGGUGGCUGAGAUGGUGACCGGAGCUCCGGCGUGGAGUCACCUGCCGGAAUCCGGCAUCCCGGCACUGCUGAUGAGAAUUGGGUUCGGUGAGGAGUUGCCGGAGAUUCCUCUCAAAUUAUCAGAGGAAGGGAAAGAUUUUUUGAAAAAGUGUUUCGUGAAGGACCCGAGAAAGAGAUGGACGGCUGAGAUGCUGCUAAAUCAUCCAUUUGUGGCCGUUCAUGGUGGCGAUCACGAAUGGUCUACAUCACCCACAACUCAAUUUGAUUUUCCUGAUUGGGAAUCCACACAAUCGUCACCGACAUGGUCGACUACUUAUUUGCCCUCACCGGAGUACUCGCAGAUAUCUGACACUAGGUUUGAAUGUGAGCUGAAUUUGUCCUGUGGGUCAUUGUAUACUUCGCCGGUGGAUAGAAUCCGGCAGCUGGUGGGCAAUCAGAGACCUGAUUGGUCUGUUUCAGACAGUUGGGUCACUGUAAGGUAAUGGGAGUUUGCUGGUGAGUUGGGGUGACACAUAAGGUUGAGCAAAUUCAUUGAUUGGAAGAUUUUUUAUUCAACACAUUGUAAAUACUACUGAAACAUAUUGGUAGGUUUAGACUUUAGACACAAAGGAUGUUGUUAGUGUUUUGACAUCGUUGACUGGUUCUGAUUCAGGACUCAGAUGACUAAGUGUACAGUGCAGUUGUCAUGAAAUUCAAGUUGUUGAAUUAUUUUUCCCCAGAAAAUUAUAGUUUCAGUUGUGUA